CGCACAUGUUUGAAACGUUUGGGUAGGCGCUUACAAUCCUUGUCACUAAGACGGUUCAGGGCCUCCAGUGGAUAAGCUCCAUUCGCUAUAUGUGCGCAGUUAAGGAUUUAUCCGCAGGGAAGUACAGCUACAAUUAGAUCCAUUAGGCUUCAUAGUUAGCAAAUCAUUUCCAAUUGUAAGCACGCACCUUGAAGCGACCUACUCUUGCAUAGCUGGUGGUGCCUCCCCCGGCUCGCGGGGGCUGGCAGCACCGCGUUCAAUUCGCUCUGGAUAACUUUAGACGCUGCUGGUGUCAGUAAGGCCGGCGCCGGUCUUUUGCCGGGUCGGCCACGUGUAUGGCCUCUCUCUACUUGCGCGAGGGGCGCGCUACUAGCGGCGGUUCGCGACUUAACUAUGACACUCCAUCAAGCCCGUAUAUUAGCGGCAUCUCUGAGCAGACCAUCCGCUCCCUCCAAGAACGGGUGGCGGAGCUGGAGGAGGCGCUCAAGCGCGAGCGCCACCGAGCGGACCUGUGCCAGCAGCAGCUGGAGCAGUGCAUUGCAGCAGCGGCGGCGGCGGCACAGCAGCAGCAACAACAACAGCUGCAGCAGCAACAGCUGCAGUUUCAGCAGCAGUUGCAGAUAAAGCAUGAACAGGAGCAGGAGCAGGGAGCAUGGGAGGUGCCGGCGUCGGCGGGGUCGUGUUGGGCGCAGCCGCAGUGGGAUGUAAGAGAGGAGGGAGCAGGAGGAGCAGGAGAACAAGGCGAUGUGCGGUGGGGGGGCGCUGAUGCGACGGCGCGCCAUGGUGCAUGGGGCGUGGGGAGUGGUACGGCUGCAGCAGCAGUAGGCGUGGAGGCUGCGGGGGAGGAGGAGGGUUGUACGGCUGUGCAGGCAGCAGCCAGCUGCAGGGGCGGCGACGGCGACCGCGAUGGCUGGGGAGGAGGAGGCGGGAGAGAGGGAGUGGUGGUUGGCGGUGUUGCUAGUGCGGCGCUGGGGGCUGGGUGUCAUGUUAGCGGUGGUACCGGUAACGCAGGCGGGAACGUGGACGUCGCAGAAGCAGCAGGUACGGCAGUGGAUAGGGGUACGGCGGCGGAGGCGACGUCGCCGUCGCCCUGGACGGCUGCUGUGGCGGCAGCGGCGGCUUCCGCCUCCGCUACUGCCGCCGCGGCGUCGUCAUGCAGUUCGAGGACAACUGCUGCUCAUGCCGAUAGAGCUGACAGCGAGCGCUGCAGUGGCGAAUGCACUGGUCAGGAGGGCGAUCGAGCCGCCUCCGCCGUCGCCUCCGCCGUCGAGCUCACCUGCUCAACCUUCUUCUCCACCUCCGCCGCCUCCGCCUCCACUCGCUUGGGACCCGGUACCGGCGCUUCCUCCGCUUGCUGGCUUGAGACGCCGUCCCCUCCCGCCGCCGCCGCCGCCGUCGUCGGGGGCACGGCGGCACCUGGAUUGAUGCACUCGAUGGCGGCAGCGGCGGCGGCGGCGGGGCCGGGCUGGCGCCGCUGCCCCUCCUACGCCGAGGGGUUGGCGACGGCGGCGGGCUCUAUUGGGGGGAUGCCGCUGGACCUCACGGCGACGGCAGCGGAGGUGUCCUGUCCUGCCGUACAGGCGCAUGGGCCCGCCGCCGGUGGCGGUGUUGCCACGUCGCCUCCGUCAGGAGGCGGCUGGACGGCCGCCGGGACGGCGGCGGCGGUGCCGCCGCCGGAGGCUGUGACGGCGGUGACGACGACAUGCCCGCCGACGUCAACGUUGACUACUACCGACUCCCCUGCCGACUGGGGGCAUGCUGGCGGCGGCAGCGGCGGCGCUGUGCGGCACUUCACGUCUUGCGGCAGUCGCAGCGGCGGCAGUCGGAGUAGCGGUAGCGGCAGUGGCGGGGGGGACUACGUGACCAUCAGCAAGCGGGAGUACGAGCUGCUGCUGCUCAAGGUGAAGGCCAUGGAUGUACUGCAGGAGGGCAUCACCAUAGCCGACUGCUCUCACCCCGACAUGCCGCUCAUCUACGCCAACGCGGGGUUCGUACGCACCACCGGAUACUCCACCUCCUUCGUGCUGGGCAAGAACUGCAGGUGGGGCGUGUGUAUGGGUUGGGUUUCGUAGUCCAGCCUAACAAGUCCAGCCCGCUGGGAAUGCAUUAGCCAAAUAACCACCGCAUGCAC